CUUAAAACCCUUCUUCCUCUGCUCCACAUGGGCAGCUCUGAGAGGAUGCAGAGAAGAAAGACAUUCAAAGGUCUCUGAGCCUGAGACUAAGGACUGCUUCCAUCCUCAGUAGGACCCCAACACAGAGACCUGGAAAGAUGGUGCUAGAUCUUCUGGGACGCUUUCCUCACCUCCUAUUGCUGCUGGGAUUAUGGGGACCAAUGUAUCCGCUUUUUGCUGUGCCUCCGAAUUUCACCAAGGCUCAAUGGUUUCAAAUCCAGCAUUUACUGCCAAGUCCUUCCCAAUGCAAUCAGGCAAUGAGAGGUGUCAACAAUUAUACCCAGAACUGUAAGGAUGUAAAUACCUUCCUGCAUGACUCCUUCCAGAACGUGGCUGCUGUCUGUAACUUGACAAACAUCAAAUGUAGGAGUGGACGGAAUAACUGCCACCGGAGCCAAAACCCUGUUAACAUGACUAAGUGCACCCUCACUUCAGGAAACUAUUCUAACUGCAUCUACGGGAAUGCUGCCCUACGCAAGUCCUUCAUUGUUGCCUGUGAUCCCCGUCAGAGGGGAGACCCUCCCUAUCCAUUAUUAGUUCCCGUGCACUUGGAUUAGACCAUUCAAGUUUUCUACCACUUUUCCUCUCACAUGGCACAGGUUCUCCUAUGAUCUCUUCUGCUUUUUCUUUUCUACUCUCGAUUUCCCUGGUUCCUACGAAGAAGAAGAAAGGUAAUGGAAGAAUUAGAGUGCCUAGGAUACUAGACCAAAGUUGAGACCAAGAGAAAUAAUUUCUCUCUCUUUUGGAUCUCUGUGUGUUUUGAAGGAAGGCAAUAGGAAAGAAGGCAAAGAAGAGUCCAGUCCUCCAGAUUUUUAACUUUGGGGCUUUGCAAGCUUUGUUACACUGUAUUCACAGCAAUAAAACCUCUUUCUGCCGCAUUCUAUUGAGUGACAGUGUGUUUGAAAUCUU